CUAUGUAUUUGACACUAGCUAGCAAGCGUAGCAGGCUCAGGCUACUCAGGCUAGCUAGUUCACCUAAACGCUAAUGAGCAGAAAUGUGUCGCAACGUAAAAACUAUAACAUUCCAGCCGUUUUGACCGGAAGUAUUAAAUGUUACGCCAGCUAUUAAUUCGUCUCUCUGUGUAAAUUUGCUGAAUAUAGCUGAUAGAUAACAUUAACACAUUGUUAGUAGAAAAUAUUGCUUAAGCAAAGAAAAUGCAAUAAAGUAAGGUCAUAUGAUAUGAUAUAUAAAUAAAAGCAAUCGCUACAUAAUAACACACUGCAGCAGAGAAUGAUUGUUUCAAAGGAUAAACCAUGUUGGUGCAAAAAGGGUUUGGAAAACAGCAGCAAGUGGCCUUAAAGCAGCAGGUCCAUCAGUGCUGACAGGCUAAGUACAGGAUAAACAAUGAAGAAGAAAAGCAGGCGUCCAAGGUCAUCUGAGACUUUACAGCAGAGCAGCAGGGCAAAGACGACAGUCAAUGUCAGUGAGACGAGGAAGACAUCUGGAAACAGAGAGACACGUCAGAAGACUAUUCCUCUAACCGCAGACAGUUUGUGCCAUGACACCGCUGCAGCAGAUGGGACCGCUUCAGCAGACCUCAGUGUGCCAGCCACUGACCACACACAGAAACGGCCCACAGCUUCAGGCAGACUGUCUGCUACUAUCUGUCGGCUGUGCCACGGGAAGUUCUCCCCGCGCAGCCUGCGGCACGCUUUCAACAAGUGGUCUCAGGAUUCCAUCAGUAUUGUUGAUGAUGAGUCAGACACCACGGCCCAGUCACCCCUUUUAUUCCACACAGAUUUCCAGCGACUAGUUGGAGUCCAGUUGAACCGUGACCCCCGGUUAUCGGAAUUUAUCUGUAAGAAAUGCCACACCAAGUUUUACAAGUGCCACAGUAUCCUGAUCAGGUUUCUGCAAAGAGUCAACCUCCCACCGAUUGGAAAAGAGAACCUUAAAAGCCAGAGGCAUACAAAGAGCGCAGAGUCAUCAGUAAAUCACAGUUCAACAACACCGCCGUCUUUUACCUCAGACCCUAAGUGCCUGCACAGCCUGGUGUCCUGGGCUCAUCACCAUGGAGAGGCCUGCCGCUCCUGCCCCGACCUGAAGGAGGUGCUGGACGGCCAGUGCUGGGGCUCUGUCAAGGCCGUGUGGGGUUGCGUUGAUGGUCACAGAUACAUCAUGGAGACGCAGUGCACCACCGUUGCCAAUCAAAGCGUUGCGAUGAGCUUUAGCAGUGGUGAUGGAGUGACAUCGGAUGAGGAGGGGGAGGAGGAAGAGCAACCCACCAAGAAUGGAAAGACCCCAGCUGGAAGCAGAAACACUCAGGCUCAUCACAGUCCACCUGCAGUCACAGCACAGACUCAGAGCUCAAUGCUGGAGGAGUGGACCGGCAACGCUGAAGAUUUUCCAGGCCACAAAGAGGCGGCGUCUCCUGUUCCAGAACAGAAGGACAGAAGGCCUGACAGCGAGGUGUCUGACAGGGAUGACAAUGAGUACGAGGAGAGCAGAAAAGAAACAUUAUCAGACGACGAGCUGUUCGAGCUGUACUCAGACAAGAGAGCUCGCAGGAUGACUGUUCCCAGCAAAAGAAGACAAAGCCCAAAGGCCCCAGAGGAGCCCAGAAUCAAAAGGAAACCUGGACCCAAACCUGGCUGGAAGAACAAGUUCAAACCUAAAGGAGAGGAGCUGCCCAACAUAUACAAGUGUCCAUACCAGGGCUGUACGGCCGUCUAUAGAGCUCCCGAUGGUCUGAAGAAGCACAUCAAGGAGCAUCACGAGGAGAUGAGAGAGCGACCAUGCCCUCAUCCCGGCUGCAACAAGGUGUUCAUGAUUGACCGCUACCUGCAGCGCCACGUCAAGCUCAUCCACACAGAGGAGAGGAACUACAUUUGUGACCAGUGUGGUCAGACCUUCAAACAGAGGAAACACCUUCUGGUUCACCAGAUGAGGCACUCAGGAGCCAAGCCCCUGCAGUGCGAGGUAUGUGGCUUCCAGUGUCGCCAGCGAGCAUCACUAAAAUACCACAUGACCAAACACAAGGCAGAGGCCGACCUGGAGUUUGCGUGCCUGAUGUGCGGGAAGCGUUUUGAGAAGGCGCACAACCUGAACGUCCACAUGUCAAUGGUGCACCCACUGACUCAGGCCGAGGCUCAGAGAGGUGGCAGCCAGCAGCCAUACACAGACCUGCACACCAUCACACUGACCGGAGAGGUCGUUCAGCAAGACCAGGACAGGUGACGGCAGGGGACACAGGUCCAGGUCUGCUGCAUCGGGACAAAAACUGUGGGACAGGGAGCGGUAGUGACAGCUGUGCUGCCAUGUUCAGUACUGCACUGUGCUCUGUGGACUGGGAUGGGACCGGCUGUAGGACUCCCCUUUAGCUCAGUUUUUGUGAGCACAGUCACACAGCUGUUUUCAACAUGGACGUUCAUUUUAGUGGGCAGGCUUAGUAGAUGUUCAUUUGUCAGGGCAUUUUCUGACCAACUAGGUUUGGGUUAAACUCGUUUCAGGGGGAAGCAAGCAGUCAGCUUUCCUUCACAGAUGCUGCAGAGGCAUCAACAAUUUCCAGUCCAAGUUUACUGAUUUUGUUCCCACACACAAUCUAUUGAAGAGGAAUGUUAUAAAAAACAAGUGGUAUACUUUAACUUUGUGACAGUAAGAAUUUUAU